AUGACUGCAUCGCUCUCUGUGUGGGACAGGCUAUACACAGUUAGCCGGGACGGAGCUCUCUGUGUGUGGCAGUGUGACACAGAGCUUGAUGGUCUGAAGCCUAUGCCCCCUAAAGAAGCUAGGCAAAAGAAAAACGUAAAAGAUGAUGAUGGAUUUCUUGAAGAACACAAGGGUGAAGAAAUUCAUGGAAAAGCCAAUCCAAAUGAACAGGAGAGAAGAGAGAAGGUUAAAUAUACACGUGUGGCAAAGUAUUUUUUCAAUAAGGAAGGAGAUUUUAAUAACCUGACAUCUGCAGCUUAUCACAAGAAAACACACCUGUUGGUCACUGGUUUUGCUUCUGGAAUCUUUCACCUCCACGAGCUUCCGGAUUUCAAUCUGAUACAUUCCUUGAGUAUUUCAGACCAAAGGAUAGCUUCUAUUUCUAUCAACUCUACUGGUGACUGGAUUGCUUUUGGAUGUUCAGGUUUGGGUCAGCUCCUGGUGUGGGAAUGGCAGAGCGAGUCCUACGUGCUGAAGCAGCAGGGCCAUUUCAACAGCAUGGUUUCAUUGGCUUAUUCUCCAGAUGGGCAAUACAUAGUAACUGGAGGAGAGGAUGGGAAAGUGAAGGUGUGGAACACUUCAAGCAGUUUUUGUUUUGUCACUUUUACAGACCAUAGCAGUGGCGUAACUGCUGUAACUUUUACUUCCAAUGGUUAUGUCAUUUUGAGUGCUUCCCUGGAUGGAACAGUGCGGGCCUUUGAUCUGCACAGGUACCGCAAUUUCCGUACCUUUACUUCUCCACGACCAAGUCAGUUCUCUUGUUUGGCUGUGGACUCCAGUGGUGAGAUUGUGUCAGCUGGUUCCCAGGAUUCCUUUGAAAUAUUCAUCUGGUCAAUGCAGAGUGGGAGGCUGUUGGAUGUCUUAUCUGGUCACGAGGGCCCCAUCAGCAGUUUGUCCUUUAACCCAAUGAAGUGUGUUCUCGCUAGUGGCUCUUGGGAUAAAACUGUCAAGUUAUGGGAUAUGUUAGACAGCUGGAGAACUAAGGAGACGUUAAUGUUGAACUCUGAUGUACUUGUUGUUGCUUUCCGCCCUGAUGGCAAGGAGCUUGCAGUUGCUUCUUUGAAUGGACAGAUAACAUUUUGGGAUCAUGAAAAUGCAGUCCAAGUUGGCUCAAUUGAGGGAAGACAUGACCUUCAAAUGGGAAGGAAGGAGCUCGAUAAAAUUACUGCCAAACAAUCAGCCAAGGGGAAAUCUUUUACCACUCUGUGUUACUCAGCAGAUGGACAGUCCAUUUUGGCAGGUGGACUGUCAAAAUUUGUCUGUAUUUAUAAUGUCAAAGAACAGAUUCUUAUGAAAAAAUUUGAGAUCUCGUGCAACUUUUCUUUAGAUGCAAUGGAGGAAUACUUAGAUCGGAGAAAAAUGACUGAAUUUGGCAGCAUGGCUCUGAUAGAUGAAGGCACUGGAGAUGAAGAUGGUGUUGCUAUUCCUCUUCCUGGAGUAAAAACAGGUGACAUGAGUUCUCGACACUUCAAACCAGAAAUAAGAGUAACUUGCCUGCGAUUCUCUCCUACAGGACGAAGCUGGGCAGCUACCACCACCGAGGGUCUUCUUAUCUAUUCGCUGGAUGCUGGGUUAAUUUUUGAUCCUUUUGAGCUGGACAUUGAUGUUACACCCAGCAAUAUACGCAAAAAACUGCAUCAGAAAGAAUACACUAUGGCUAUUGUCAUGGCCCUUAAGCUAAAUGAAAAGAAGUUAAUUCAGGAGGUUAUAGAAGCCAUACCUGGUAAUGAAGUUGAUGUUGUCUGCUCAUCGCUCCCAGAUCUGUACGUGGAAAAAGUGUUGGAGUUUCUGGCCUCUGCCUUUGAGAUAUCUUGUCAUUUAGAGUUCUAUCUUAUUUGGGCUCAUAAGUUGCUCAUGCUGCAUGGACAGAAAUUAAAAACAAGGUCGCAGAAGCUGCUCCCCAUGAUUCAGUUUCUUCAGAAAAGCAUCCAGCGUCACUUUGAAGAUGUAUCCAAGCUCUGCGAAUGGAAUAUCUACAAUAUCAAAUAUGCAUUGGCCAUUUCACAACAGCGGGGCGUGAAGCGUGUGGCAGAAACAUCAGUAGAUGAAGACGACUUGGAGUCUUCAGACAGUGAUUAUCUUAUGCAAGAAGUUCAUAGCGACAAUUUCAGUUCCUAGUUAUUUUUCAUGGGAGAAAAUCUAAGACAAUGUAAAUUUAUGCAGUGGUAUUCACUGGGACUGAGUGGCCCUCAUAGUGGCAUAAUUUAGCUCUUGUUAACAGUGUCGAGUGGGCUUGCAUGUGGGUUACAGAGUGGGAGAAAUUUAGGAUAGGAAAUGCCAUCUGUGCUUUGUGUAGCCUCUGUCCAUAACACCAAUGACUGGUUGCUUGACAGCACUGAUUUCUUAGUUUUUUUAAUUGUUCUUAAUUUCAGGUAAGAUAAAAACAUGUUUUUAUUUGUGAAGUUAGAAGUAUGACUGGAAGAAAUGCAUUCUUUAUUAAAAACACAUUGUGUAUAGAUUAAGUAUUGAGAUUUAAUUUUAAUGUGGCCUUGUCAUACUUUGUGAUGGACUCCUUUUACCUCUGUUUUUAUGUCAUUCUUAGUGGGAGGGCUGCUUAUUGCUCUCAAUUUUUUUUGUUUUUUUUUUUGUUUUUUUGUUUGUUUGUUUUAAUACAUACAUAUUAUUGGAGCGCUGUUAGGAAUAAGUGGACCUGGUUUUCUUGGUUAUGUAACUUCCAAUCAUUGUUUAUUAACAUGAAAAUUGGAAACUUCUGUUUUCCUUGUUUUUAGGCAUUGGCAUGGGAAUUGGCUAAUAAUGACAUUGAGGUUCUGAAUGCAAAGAACUAUAUCCAUAUUUUUGUUGUUUUCAAGCCAUAUGUUGAAAGGGCUUUGGUUUAAGGUGCAGCAAAUAAUAACAAUGAGCCAGGAUUGAUUUUGUUUUCAGUGUAUUCUGUUCUUCUGGAUUACUUUUAUGGUCUUUUUCUACUCUUGGAAAAGAGGUGUGAUAUAGAAAAGUGCUGCAGAGAAAACUAAGUCCAAAAUAUACACCAGACAUGUACAGUCAGUUCUAAGAUUUCAAUAUGUAAAACUAAUAUACAGUCACUACUUAAAUGAAGCAUACCAAAUGUUUUGAUUUUUUUUUUUAAUUAUUUUUUUCUUUCUUUAUGGAAUCUUUGUUGAGAAUUUUUUUCAGUUGCUGGUGCUCCCUUGCCUCAUGUUUUUUUUCAUGAUCAUGACAAUGUUUCAGGGUCUCGGGGCAGUGAAGGGAGUUGCUGGACUGGAGAGACACUUGUUGAAGCUGCUUUGUGGUUUUGUGUUGGGAUUUGGAAUUGCUUCUCAUUCUCUUCCACUCCUCUGCCUCCUUUCCCCACCAUGGCAGAAAGUAAGUUACACAGAAGAGAGGCAUAGAUGUAUGUAGGAAGGAAGUAGCAUAGAAAGAAGGGAAAAAUUCAUCUUGGGAUCUGUGUAAAUCCCUGUGUUUAAGCUAACCCAGAGAACAUACUAUGUGUCAGAUAACAUGAUUGUGAUUGUUACUUCUUAACUCAAUUUACUGGUUUUCAUAUGCACAUCUUAUUGUCAGA